ACGGAUAUCUCUGAGACAACAAACAAAAGAUCGAGGCAAGCCGAGCUCCCCGGAGUCGACCCGUCCUCUGACGUUAGCGCUGACUGAGGCUCCUUUCCGCACCGCCACAUUCGCCACUGUCCUCUCACCGCUUCCUCCAUCACACGCCACGAUAGACGCCCCCUCGGUACUCUUCACCGCUGUGGGCGCUCAGGUCUGCCUGAGCAGUGACGGUGGUCGCUUCGCCUCUGUGGCUAAGCUAAGCGCGUUAGCUGCUCGGAUAAACCAGCUCUGGCCAGCGGAGUCAUUUAGCAUAGCCUUCUAACAGUGAAGCUAGUUAGCUUAGCCCGCUAAGCUAACCUGCUAGCUACCCCCCUUCCCUCCUCCCCCUCCUUAACAAACUUGACACUGACUGACACAAGUGGCUUUGGCUUGUUUUAGUAACAAGCCAUUUUUUAUUAACACUCGUGUCGCUGCCAUGUCCGCACAGACGUCUGGCUGCGGCUUCCUCAUGUCGGUGGUUGUCCACGGAGACGCGGCUCUGAACGAGCAGGAAAAGGAGCUCAACCAACGACUCCGACGGCUCUAUCCGGCCGUCAACGAGAGCGAGACGCCGCUCCCUCGCUCCUGGAGCCCGAAGGACAAAUUCAGUUACAUCGGCCUCUCCCAGAACAACCUGCGUGUGCACUAUAAAGGUCACGGCAAAACCCCUAAAGAUGCGGCAUCUGUACGUGCCACUCAUCCCAUCCCAGCUGCCUGUGGAGUCUACUACUUUGAGGUGAAGAUCAUCAGUAAAGGCAGAGAUGGGUACAUGGGCAUCGGCCUCUCAGCUCAGGGUGUAAACAUGAACAGGCUCCCAGGUUGGGACAAGCACUCGUAUGGUUACCAUGGUGACGACGGCCACUCCUUCUGCUCGUCAGGCACGGGGCAGCCCUACGGCCCGACGUUUACGACGGGUGACGUGAUUGGCUGCUGCGUGAACCUCAUCAACAACACGUGUUUCUACACAAAGAACGGCCACAGCCUAGGUAUCGCCUUCACAGAUCUACCACCGAACCUUUACCCGACCGUGGGCCUGCAGACUCCGGGCGAGGUGGUGGACGCUAACUUCGGACAGCACCCAUUUGUGUUCGACAUCGAGGACUAUAUGCGGGAGUGGAGGACAAAGAUCCAGGCUCAGAUCGACCACUUCCCCAUCGGAGAGCGCGAGGGCGAGUGGCAGUCCAUGAUCCAGAAAAUGGUGGCGUCUUACCUGGUUCACCACAGCUACUGUGCCACGGCUGAAGCCUUUGCCAAAUCCACCGACCAGGCCGUGCACGAGGAGCUGGCCUCCAUCAAAAAUCGACAGAAGAUCCAGAAGCUGGUGUUGUCGGGCAGAAUGGGCGAGGCCAUCGAGACCACCCAGCAGCUCUACCCCAACCUUCUGGAGAGGAACCCAGACCUUCUCUUCAUGCUCAAGGUCAGACAGUUCAUAGAGAUGGUGAACGGGACAGACAGUGAGGUCAGGUGUCUCGGAGGACGCAGUCCAAAGUCUCAGGACAGUUACCCCGGCUCCCCCCGACCCUUCAGCAGCCCCAGUCACAAAGCCAGCAGCUCACAGCCGUACCUCACAGGCUAUGACAGUAACUGCUGUAAUGGUGUGACGUCCAGUAAGAGCCACAGCUCCUCCCCACACAGUCACAAGCCCUGCCCCCCAGCUUCUGGCUCCACCCUCCUAGCCUCUGACAUCAGCCUUAACGGCAGCCGCAGUCAAGCUUCUUUAAGCAGCAGCGACGUGGACAUGGAGGUCGACCACUUCACCAACGGACUCACACAAACCUCCACUAAUGGUUUCCUCAACGGAAGCUCCAAACACACGGCCGAGCCGGACGACUGUGAAGCCGACAUGGAGGUGGAGUCCGCUCACUCUAAGCGGCAGCUGUGCGGCGGCAGUCAGGCCGCCAUUGAGAGGAUGAUCCAUUUCGGCAGAGAGCUGCAGAGCAUGAGCGAACACCUGCGCCGCGAGUGUGGGAAGAACUCCACCAACAAGAAGAUGCUGAAGGUGACGCUGACGCACAACUGUACCUGUGUUGUGAUGGUGUGCUCAUACAUGUACUCUCUGUUACAGGACGCCUUCAGUCUGCUCGCCUACUCUGACCCCUGGAACAGUCCAGUCGGUUACCAGCUGGACGCCAUUCAGAGAGAACCUGUCUGCUCCACCCUCAACAGUGCAAUACUAGAGACUCACAAUCUGCCCAAACAGCCCCCGCUGGCCCAGGCGGUGGGUCAGGCCGCUCAGUGCCUCGCCAUCAUGGCACGGACUGGCAGCGGCUCCUGCGCCUUCGCCUCUGUGGACGAUUACUUACACUAGCCCCAUCAACACACACGCACACACGCACACACACACAGGACCUGUCCAGAAGUGUGUUUGUCACUUGUGAGCCGAGGGAGUCGCAGAAACUAGAGGUGGACCCAUGUGAAAAUAGAUGAAACCAUGACAGCUGAUAACAAUGGCUGAUAGCCCUGUCCCCUCUCUCCUAAAUCACAAAAAUGAAAAAGACAUGAAGUGAUUUUUGGUUUAUUUUCUAAACUUUUCUUUCUGCUGGUGUAGAAAAAGACGUUUUCUUUUUAGUUCUUCAAAAACUUCAAAACAAUGUGGCCUAUAUGUGGUGCUGUAACGCGCCCGUCCAUAUGUGGCGCUGUAACGGACCUGUUCUAAUGACAUGUUGGAGCAGUAAUCUGUGUUCUAAUAACAUGUUGGAGCAGUAAUCUGUGUUCUAAUAACAUGUUGGAGCUGUAAUCUGCAUUCUAAUACGUUAGUGCGGUAAUCUGCGUGUCCACAUGAGGCAGCGCAGACUUCACAGUAGGGUGAAUAUUUCUCUGGUUUCUUUGCUCUGUAUAACAAAAACAGAAUUAAAAGUGAACAAAAGGAGACGUGAGAAUAACUCGACAUGAAUGGCACAUACGUAUAUUUAUCAUACUGAUGAUUUUCUGAUUUCUUUGCUCAAUAAAACAAAGAAAUCAUUGAAACUAGAUGAAACUGUACCAUGACAUUUGAGAACCUAAUCAUUUCCAGGUUUGAUCGACGUUUUCUGGACUAAAGGAUUCUUAGAUUGAUGGAGAAACUGAUCAUUAGAAUCAUCGGAGGUCGGGGUUCUCUACUGUCCAGUUGAGUAAACUCUGCGUGGUAUUUUAUCGUGAAACAAAUACGUCAGAAGUGAUUUUAUCGGUAAAGUUAGCCGUGUUUGUAUCUUGACAUAGCAAGAUUUGCUCCGAGUUUCCGAGUUGUUCCAUUUAUAAAUGGAACGCACCAUCAGAGUUUACAGUCCGCGUGUUCUUGAAUGUCGGAUCCAAUCCGAUAAAUUGGUCGACCUCUAGUUGAACCCUCUGACUGUCUCUUGAUGACCAGGAGACGUUUCUGGACAGGUCUUUACUCAAACACACACACACACGUCCUUUUCCAUCCAUUAGCUCCAGGAUUGGUCCUCUCUCACAUCCUAGCAAAGCUACGUCAGCGCCGCUCUGACGGCGGUGGAUGAGACGACCUGAGAAUCCACCGCAGAACCGAACUCGUGCAGGCGAGUCAGACGAAAACUGGCUAAAAAACAAGUUUGAGCAAAACUGCGAAAUUUAAGGAGAAAAAAAAUAACACCAAGAGGAAAAAAGAAAACGGGCAGGUGUGAGCCGUGGCCGACGCCCCCUUUAACGUGAUUGCUGUGAACUCACACACUUGAUGGACACAAAACAUGGGAUUUUAAAAAAAAGUCCUCCUCUGCGGACAUUCGCUGAGCACUCGAACUCCAGGAAGCCCCGCCCCGCCCAACCCCGCCAUAACCUCCGACGUCGGCCGUCGUCCGUCUAACAUGUGGACUCGCGGACUUCAAAGAAGCCACAGAGAAUCUUCACUUCCCUCUGUUUAAUCACGUCUUUGUUUUUUUUGUUUUCCGUGGACGGAGUUGGGGGCGGAGCAAAGGGAGGAGGCGUGGAAACCAGGCUCUCGUGUUUUUUGUUUUGUUUUUAGUUUCUCCAGGUUUACACGGCACGGUGCAGACCACCAUGAUUGUCAUUAUUAUUAUUAUUAUUAUUAUUCUAAUGAUCAUAUUAUUAUUGUUACCUUCAUUCACAUCAUAUUUGUUGAGCGUCAGCAGUUUCCACAAACCUAUCACAAUAAAAGUCCCAAUUCCACGA